UUCAGUCUUCCUGGGCUGGGGUAAGUGGGUCUGAGAUGUGCUUUGAGUCUGGCCGUCAUGCAUGAUGGGAAGUGACAAGUCUAGUCUGCAGUUUUCAGAGAGCCACAUUCCUCCCUUGACUGGACUCACACUAGAACCUCAUAUGACGUACAAGAAGCCUACCUGUGUCCCCUUCACAUGUUGUGGUCAAUGUGUCAACUUCAUGAUCCAGGCUCCUCACCACAUCCUCUGCACCGGUCAGUCGAGCAGAGUCACUGCAUCCUGGCAGCAGAAGCUGCACCAAGUCCAUGUCGCCCACGGUCGUCAUCCUGGCCUGUCUUGGGUUCUUCUUGGACCAGAGGGUGCGGGCACACGUGGGUGGUCAGGACAAGCCCUUCUGCUCUGCCUGGCCCAGCGCUGUGGUGCCUCAGGGAGGACACGUGACUCUUUGGUGUCACUAUCGUCCUGGGUUUAACAUCUUCACGCUGUACAAGGAAGACGGGGUGCCUGUCCCUGAGCUCUACAAAAGAAUAUUCUGGAACAGUUUCCUCAUUAGCCCUGUGACUGCAGCACAUGCAGGGACCUACAGAUGUCGAGUUUUUCAUCCGCACUCCCCCACUGAGUGGUCGGCACCCAGCAACCCCCUGGUGAUCAUGGUCACAGGUCUAUAUGAGAAACCUUCUCUCUCAGCCCAGCCGGGCCCCACGGUUCCCACAGGAGAGAACAUGACCUUGUCCUGCAGUUCCCGGCGCUCCUUUGACAUGUACCAUCUAUCCAGGGAGGGGGAGGCCCAUGAACUUAGGCUCCCUGCAGUGCCGAGCGUCAAUGGAACAUUCCAGGCUGACUUCCCUCUGGGCCCUGCCACCCACGGAGGGAACUACAGAUGCUUCGGCUCUCUCCGUGACUCUCCCUACGAGUGGUCAGACCCAAGUGACCCACUGCCCGUUUCUGUCACAGGAAACCCUUCAAGUAGUUGGCCUUCACCCACUGAACCAAGCUUCAAAACUGGUAUCGUCACACACCUGCCUGCUGUGAUUAGGUACUCGGUGGCCACCAUCUUCCUCACCAUCCUCCUCUUCUUUCUCCAUCGUUGCUGGUGCUCCGACAAAAAGAAUGCUGCUGUAAUGGACCCAGAGCCUGCGGGGGACAGAACAGUCAACAGGGAGGUAGGCCCUCCUCUCCCCAGCCUCAUGGAUAUAUUCUUAUUCCCUACUAGUCCUGAAGAAUGUGAGCCCCUCCCUCACUCAACAUUUCCCUCUCUCCAGGACCCUGAUGAACAAGACCCUCAGGAGGUGACAUACACACAGUUGGAUCACUGCGUUUUCACACGGGGAAAAAUCACUCGCCCUUCUCAGAGGCCCAAGACACCCCCAACAGAUACCAGCGUGUACAUAGAACUUCCAAAUGCUGAGCCCAGAUUGUUGUCUCCUGCCCACGAGCACCACAGACAGGCCUGGAAGGGGUCUUCUAUGGAGACCACAGCCCUGUCUCAAAACCGGCUUCACAGCUCCAAUGUACCAGCAGUUGGAAUCUGAAGUCUCGACUCUGCAUCUUAGAGCAUUGCUCUUCCUCACACCACAAAUCUGCUGGCUCUGUCUUGCUUACCAAUGUCUGCGGUUCCCACUGCCUGCUGGAGAAAAAAUGCACUCCUUUGCUUAACCCACAAUUCUCCACUUCACUUGACCCCUGCCCACCUCUCCAAACUAACUGACUUGCUUCCUAGUCCUACUUGAGAAUGCAGUCACACUGAGGAACUCACAAUUCCAAACAUACAAGAGGCUCCGUCUUAACACGGCACUUAGACUCAUGCUGUUCCACCUUCCCUCAUGCUGUUCCACCUCCCCUCAGACGAUUUUUCAGUCUUCUGUUAUCAGUAAACCUUAUAAAAAUUUGUUGUGAUUUCUAUGUUGCUCUCUCGUCUUCAAAUAAACGUGACUGUCCUCAUUCUA